AUGGAACUGCCACUGCCGAAAGAAAACGUUAUACAGGAUCAGGAUAAUGUACAUCAGAAGGUGAAAGAAUCGGUUCAUCGAACCGUCCAAACAUUCGUGGCCUUGUGUCAUAAACAGGAAGAAGCCAAAUUCUUAGCAGCGUUGAGCCCGAAGAAGCUAGAUAUGAUCGCAAAAAACAUUUCUGAAGGGCUUAUACUCCCAGACAAUGUGAUGGAACCUGAGGAGCAGGAUAGUCUUGACCAGAUUACGCUGUUUCUUGUGCUAGGUGAAGUAAUUCCUCCUAGCUUUUAUAUCAAGAAACAUCGUGGAAAGAAAGCCAACAGCCUUUUGAAGUCAGCUUUAGAGCGUUCCUCUUACAACAGCUCCAAAGAAACGCAACAAGCACCCCCUAGCCAUCCCCUAGGUACUGAAAAUGACAACACAGUAUCCAAGCAACCUUCCGAAACUUAA